AUGUGUAUAGAUUAUCGGCAGUUGAACAAGGUCACCAUCAAGAACAAAUAUCCAUUGCUGAGGAUUGAUGAUUUAUUUGAUCAGUUUCAGGGUGCCAAGGUGUUUUCGAAUAUUGAUUUGCGAUCUGGCUACCAUCAGUUGAGGAUUAGGGCAUCCGAUGUCCCUAAGACAGCUUUUCGGACUCGGUAUGGGCAUUAUGAGUUUCUAGUGAUGUCAUUUGGGCUGACAAAUGCCCCAGCAGCAUUCAUGGAUUUGAUGAACCGUGUGUUCCAGCCCUACUUGGAUUCCUUCAUGAUUGUGUUUAUUGAUGAUAUCUUGAUCUACUCCCGCAGCCGAGAGGAGCAUGAGAAGCAUCUUCAGAUCGUUCUUCAGACUCUGAGAGACAACCAGUUAUAUGCUAAGUUCUCAAAAUAC